GUGCGCGGCAAUACAGCAGUUCUUGCGUGGGGAGGUCCCUACUGUGUGUCUACCUGUUGGAGAUCACCACCAGACCCACGGUCAUUGUGGAUCUGCUGCACUCCAAAAAUGUCUCCAAGCCUAUUUUCAUACGCUUUGGUGCUUUUUGUCCACGCAGCACCAAUCUGCCGUGGAUUUAACAUAGAUGAACGCUUUCCUGUGAUCAAGGAGGGCAAAACCAAAGGGAGCUUCUUUGGAUUCUCCGUGGCCAUGCAUGAGCAAACGCAGGGCUCCAGGAAAUAUCUGCUUCUAGCAGGAGCGCCAAAGGAGAAAGCUCUGUCGCUGAAUAACAUCAAUGAAACAGGUGCUGUCUACUCCUGUCCCAUUACAACAGAUGCCUCCGACUGCUCCAGAAUGGACCUUAUCAGUUCACCAACCCCAUCCGACAUGGUGGAGGGCAUGUGGCUGGGUGUGACCGUGGCCAGUCAGAGAGUGCAGCAGGAGGGUCGCGUGCUGGCAUGUGGGCACCGCUAUGUCAAGAUCAUCCAAAGCGGCACAGAAGAGCAGCGACAGAUGAUCGGAAAGUGCUACGUGAGGAGUAACGACCUGACCUAUGAUCCCGAUGACGGCUGGCAGAGUCACAGCUACGAAGUCUGCAACCCGGGUUUUGGCAUGGAACUUGAAGGCUUGUGCAACAUGGGCAUCUCGGGCGGGAUGAAUGAAAACGACGUGUACGUGGGUGCCCCGGGCAGCUUCGUAUGGCAAGGAAAUGUUCAUGUUAUAUCGAGAGAUUCUGAUCCAGCCAAUGCAUGGGACUCCAUUGACAAAGACUUUGGACAGCUGAAAAAGCGAUCUAACAGCUACAUAGGUUACGCCAUUCUUGAAGAGCAGAAGCUGCUGAGCCUUAAUGACUACACAGUGGUGGCGGGGUCCCCCAGGGAUGAGUCCAAGGGCUCGGUGGUGUUCGGGAUGAAGACUAACACCAACAUCGAGACGGUCCUCAUCAUCCCCGGGGAGCAAGUGGGCUCGUAUUUUGGGAGCAGUCUGGCUGUCACAGACCUCAACAACGACAAUUGGAAUGACCUAAUAGUGGGUGCCCCGCAUUACUUUGACCGCAUGAAGGAUGAGGGAGGAGCUGUCUAUAUCUAUAUGAACGAGAAUGGAUCCUUCCAGAAGACUCCUACCAUGGUGCUGAAGGGGCCUGCAUCCUCUGCAUUUGGCCUUGCAGUGGCCGCCAUUGGUGACAUCAACCAGGAUGGAUUCCAAGACUUUGCAGUCGGAGCUCCGUUCCAUGACACAGGCAAGGUCUUCAUAUGGACGGGAAGUAAAAAGGGAAUCUCAAAUAAGCCCAGUCAGGUAAUUGAGGGAAAGUCAGUAGCUAAUGGUGCAUUCAAGACGUUUGGCUACUCCAUCAGUGCAGGCAUGGACAUGGAUGACAACAGCUACCCUGACAUCUUAGUUGGCUCACUUGAUGACCGCAUAGCCCUGCUCAGGAGUCGGCCAGUGGUCCACUUAACUCAGGACUUUACAGUGGAGCCAAAGAUUGUGGAUCCUAAUCAGUGCCAAGGAAACACAGCAUGCAUCACAGCCACUCUCUGCAUGUCUUUCACCCUAAGCAAUGGCAACAAAAACUUCAAGAAAGACAUCACGGUGAAGUACACAGUGGAGGCUGAUAUGGAGAGGAGAAGGAGUCCGCGUGUUCGCUUCCAGGACAACAAUGAUGACACAUACACAGGCCUGCUCACCCUGCCAUCCACCAAGUCCGAGUGUCAAGUUCUCAACUUGAAUGUUGUGGCGCCUGUGAGAGACAAAUUGGAGCCCGUGGUCUUCUCCGUAAACAUGUCCCUAUCUGAUCAAAAACCUAAAUCGAGACGCUCCAUUCAGAACCUGGACUCAUUCCCUAUUCUGAGUCAAGAGCAGAAAGUCACCCAAAGAACAGAGAUUAACUUCCAAAAGGCGUGUGGGUCAGACAACAAAUGCACCAGUAACCUGCAGCUCAAAGCCCAUUUUGCCAACAAUAAGGAAAAAACGUUCCCCAGACAGGACAAAUUCCAAAUCUUUCAGUUCAACAGCAGUAUGAAGAUAAUACUGUUGAUGGUGGAGGUGACCAACUUUCCUUCAAGAGGAAAGCUGGCUGAGGAUGCUCACCAGGCCAUGCUCAACGUCACCAUCCCCGAUGCUCUGAAAUACUCUGGCGUUAGAUCCCAGGACCAUGAUGUUGAGUGUCGUUAUGAGGGCACAGUCCUUUGCGAACUGGGGAAUCCACUCAAAGGAAAGGAAAAGGUGUCACUUGCCCUGAGGUUGGAGACAUCAGGUAUAGAUCUGUACACGCGGCAGAUCGAGUCUGAGCUGCUUCUGUCCACUCUCAGUGAGCAGAGUGACCUCCAUCCAGUGCCUGUGACCCUCCUGAUCGAGAACACCAUCAUCCCUACCUUCUCCAUAAAAAAUGAACAAGUGCAGACCAAAUUUGGCGGGACGGUGAUGGGCGAGUCAGCUAUGGUGAACAGCAGCGACGUGGGCAGUCUGCUUGAGUUCAUAUUCAAUGUCAACAUGAGAGGACAACCUUUGGGGGACUUGGGGACCCUGGCUGUGGAGUUUGAGUGGCCCUUUGAGGUGUCCAACGGCAAGUGGCUCCUGUACCUGACUCAGAUCAUCAUUCAGGCAGAGUCAGAGACCGAGUGUAGACCUCCUGGAGAUGUUGUCAACCCGCUCAAUCUAACUUUGUCAGAAAGUGGAUCAAAGCGUGUUAAAAGGCAGAUCAGGGUAGAUGAAUCUGAUGAUAAGCUGCAGGCCGCUGAGCCACAGGCGACGCUCACGCUGCUCACGCCACGAAAAGAAUUCUGCAUGUUGGAAUGCUCCAAGGGCACGGCGAGAUGCGUGACCUUUACGUGUCCUUUGUUGAACAUGACUAAUUCAGCCAAGAUUUACGUCCGUGCUCGUUUGUGGAACAGCACCAUGCUCGAGGACUAUCCCAAUGCUUUGUGGAUCAAAGUUCGAGGUCAAGCGACGCUGAAACUCAUUACAGACAAACCAACCAUUAAGAUGGACAGCCAGACCACAACGUUCACAGUGGACAUAGAGCCAGUGGCAGGGGUAGAGACGCCUUAUGAACUUCCACUGUGGAUCAUCAUAUCUGCUGUGGUAGCGGGAAUCGUACUUCUAGGAAUCAUCAUUAUUAUACUUUGGAAGUGUGGCUUCUUCCAGAGGGCCAGCAGGAGGGAGAUGUAUGAGGCCAAAGCCCAGAAGGCUGAGAUGAAGAUCCAGCCCUCUGAGACAGAAAAGCUCACUGAGGACUACUGAGACCCACUGUGGGUCCUCCAACCGCACACACCAGUGGGGCUUUUGGCUUGGAUUCUUCAAGCGAUCCCUCUACUACCGGAUAAUGCCAAAGCACCGGGGGGUGAAAAUUCGCAUGGCUGAUCGCUAUCAGUCCAAUGAGGGAUUUGAGCCUGAGGAGCUGCACAGAAAGCAUUGGGUCACCAACUGGACAGAGACGCAGCAUUUCUACUACUGAGGCCUUUACUUAGAACCCUGACAGCACACAGGCCAAAUAACGGAGACUGGACCCAGUCUGGACCACCUGUGGAUUAAAUGCAUUAACUUUUUCUAGACUUCUCAGUGCAAUAUACUGAACUUUUUUGUUUUCAGAGAAUUUGGUGAAUUGCAGGACUUUGAUGUUCUUAAUUUGAUGUGUGAAUUGAUCGUUUCAUCUUCUUUGUCUUUUUUAUUCCUCAUGUUGACUUGCAUUUUCUUCCCAAUCGGCCGUGAAUUUGAUUCAUGACUGUAAAUGUUUUUGCAUCUGCAUCACUGUUUUUCCCGCCAUAAUUCCCACCCAGCUGACCUUGUGUGCAGAACAUGAUACGUUUGUUUGCUGUGCUUUAUUCCAAGUUUUCAGGGACUACAGUCGGUACUGAUGAGGGAACUGAGUACUACUUGCAUUCUCUUGGCUUGAGAUUAUUUUAAUUCCCCCAGUGAGAUGUCCCUGCAUUGAUGGCUAUUUAUUAUACAGUCUUGUGUAAACAUGGCAGGAGAUCUCUUUCGAAUGAUCUCAUAACAGGGAGUCAACAACACUGGAUUUAAUAACGCUUUGUAAAUGUUGUAAUCAACUGGAGACGGCAUUGUGUGUAGUUAUGUAAUACAUGUACAUACGUUUUAUUGACUGUUUGAAUGAACACGAACUGGAUACCUCUUUAGGUACAUUGGCACAGUUGAACACUUUAUGUUUAUUGUUGUGGUUAUCAAACUGGACUGCGUCAUACUGAGAGCCACUCAUGUAGCUAUUACAUGACACGGUGUGCAUGUGUACCUAAUGUUGUGGCCAGUGGGUGUACUGUAUGCCAUUUGCUGUGUGUGAUUGUACGAAACAGGAGGCAAACCUUUGGACGACAUCCAAGUCCUCUCUGUACCUUUCAGCACUAAAAACCAGACUUGACUAAGAGGACAUUGAUUUGGUCGUCUCUGGCGGGACUAUUUGCUGCCUUGCUGCUCUUGCUCAUGUUACCUGAGAGCUGCCAGGUAUUUUCUUGUGAGGCUGUGGGCCUCACAGAGGCCCCUUUGAUUCGUAAAACGAAUGCUCAAGCUGGUUUUUUUUUAACCGCAAUGUCAUUAAAUUGUUCCCUGCAAUGAGGUCUAAUUGAAAA